GGUCCACAUUUGCGCAUGUUGACGGGUGAAAGAGAAGACCGAAAAGCCCGUCAAGAAGAUCUGAUCUGUAACACACGAAAAGCCCUACUUCCUCAUUCAAAACUCCAAAUACUUGAUAUACCACAGCCGGACCUACGAAAAACACGCGUCAGAGCUCUAAAGAGCACGAUGGCCGAGCAGCCGGCAUACCAGUCAGAUGAGCACAUAUUGUGUGAUGAGUGUGACCAGCUCUACAAAGGCCACUGUCCAGUCCAUGGUCCCCUAGAAUGGAUUCCUCAUUCUAAAGCCAUCAGCUCUGCCCACUACAGCCCAUGUGUAGCGUCCCUGCCUGACGGCCUGCUGAUGAAGGAGUCCACUAUCCCAGAGGUGGAGAUGGGUGUGUUUGCUGCCAGGAUCAUCCAAAAGAGGGUCAUGUUCGGACCUUUUCAAGGCAAGAGGGUACUACCGCAGCAGUUGAUCUCUGGACAGAACUUGACAUUUGCUUGGGAUUUGCUUCAGAGUGGCCUUGCUACAUCUGUGCUGGAUGCGACAGAGGAGUCUCGUAGUAACUGGAUGCGUUACGUCACAUACGCACGCGAUAAACGCGAGCAGAAUUUGACUGCAUUUCAGUUCUGCGGGGAGAUCUACUACCGGACCUUCCGCACCAUCUACCCAGGGGAGGAGCUGCUUGUGUGGUUUGAAGACGAGUACAGCUGUUCUAUCGAUGACCUUCCGGAAGAGUUUUCUAGUGAUCAAGUGCCUGAGUUCGCGUGCAUGUUUUGCCGUACGGUGUUCGCGGGCGCCACUUACCUACACAAGCACCACAAGUUCCGCUGUCCAAACGGACCCCUGCAUGGCACCUACGGCGCAUCCCGAACCACAGGCCUUGUGGGGGCGUUAUUUCGGUUACCUGUCGAGGUCCCCGAUGGCUGGAGCAGCACUGAACAGGAAUUAGAGAGCAACACCAGAAAGUCCCUGUCGCCUGACUCCCAUCACUCGCGACGCAAGAGCAAGCCCCGCAAACUCGCGAGACAAAUGGAAGAAGACGAGGCGUGGAACCCCGAGCAGCCUUUCGGUCCACCUCCCGCGUCCUUCCUCAAUGAGAACUUCACGCGUGAUAAAGAUAGCGCGACCCUCGUGAUGCUACCCCCUGGCACGCGCGUGUGCGACUCGCGCGACGACUCGUGCGAUGCAGAGAAGCAGAUGCUACACGCGGGAACAAAAAGGUCCGCGGAGGAUUAUGACGAUUACUAUCACAUGGACAAGCAGGUGUGCCACGAGCAAGGCGAUGACCCGCGCGUGUCGCCAACGAGUCAGCAAUACGCGUGUGGCGAGUGUGGCAAGACUUUCGCGCGACCCACAUGGUGGGCAAAACACGAGUCUGCGCACAACUGCAAGCGAGCUUCACCGAGCGCGAGGUCCUCACCGACCCCGAGUGAAUCACCUUCACUCAGUAAAAUACCAUCCUCAAGCAAAACACUGUCUCCAAGUAAAAUAUUCGAACACAACGAAACUGAGCCGACUGUGGAGAAAAAACCUAAGAUGAAGCAUCCUCGUGUGUCGUACCGGUGCGAUGAGUGCGGCCGCGCCUUCGCCUGUCCGUCCUGGUUGAAACGCCACAAGCGUGUCCAUGGGGGCUCUACCGACCUAUCACCAACCGAGGAGAAACCUGUCCCUAUAUCGCAUGCGUCGGCCAACGCCCUGGACGAGACCCGACCACAUAUAUGUCAAGACUGUGGCCGGCGAUUUGCUGUCCCGGCCUGGCUAACACGUCACCGUAUGGUCCAUCACAAGUCUGCGCCCCAAACUACCUACGACCCGUCCAAACCUUUCAACUGUACCAUCUGCGGACGAUCAUUCGCGGUCGCCUACUGGCUGAUCCGCCAUCAGAAAAUGUACCACGAGGAAGUAAUUCCCCCCACUCCGAUCACACCCGCAGCUCAGUCAGACAAUAAGGACCUUCCAUGGAAAUGCGAGGACUGUGGACUGGCGUUUAAGUGGUCGUCCUGGUUACAGCGCCAUCAGCGCAAUAAUUGUCACGGUGAGAGUAAUAAGAAGGCGGUGGUGACCGUGACAUCCAAGAUGCAGGCACCGAGGUCUGAUGCCCCGUUUGCGUGCGAGCGACCAGGAUGCGGGAAGGCGUUUGCUACUAAGCGUCAGUACGGACGACACAGGCGACGGCAUUUGCAGAAUGAUAUCUUAAAUGGCAGAAAGGUGCCCGAGGAGAAACCCUCCGAAACGGCUACUAACGGCCCGCCCUUCAUCUGUCCGCAUGCGAACUGUGGGAGAUCGUUCGGCGCCAGACAUCUCUACUUGAAACAUAAAAGACGCCAUCUCAGCACUCAACCACAAGUUCAGGAUUCCGCCAAACAUGAUGCAGCCAAGAGUAUCGAAAAAGAAGUCGAGCCGUUGAAAGAGACUACGCCAGAUGAUGCAAUGGAAUCGGAGAAGGUGGAUUCGGAAAGCUCAGUGCAAGGACCUCCAUACACGUGUAAGUAUUGCAGUAAGGUGUUCUCGUACUCUCUGCUGCUAAAAAGACACGAGUUAAGACAUCGCAACAACGAAAACACCAAGAAGAAGAUCCUGAAGGCGCUCAAUCUCCCGCCUGAGUUACCUGUCGAGGAGAACACAGCGUUCCCGCACGUCUGCGAGAUAUGCGGAGCUUCGUUUAAAGGCCUCCACUUGUGGAAUCGCCACAUGGUCAAGCAUCUGAACGACAAGGAACCGCCCAACAAGAAACCAAGUGUUCUUUUCAAACGCCAAAUGUACUCUUGCGAGGAAUGCGGCAAGAAAUUCGCGGCAGCCUCGUGGCUGACACGUCACAUGCGCGAACAUGCGGCAAGGGCAGAAAGCGUCGAGGACCUACCAAAUGCCACGGCGCCUCAAUCCCAGGCAGAACCUGUGAAGCACACGUGCGAUGAGUGCGGUAGAAUGUUCGCGACGUCGUUUUGGUUGACAAGACACAAAAGAGAACACGCUAAGCGUUUAGAGGGUGUGGCCCAAGGGAUAACCACUGAGGGUUCACGGUCUACCCACACGGAGAAGCAUAACAAGCCUUCCAAAUUCAAGCGGGGAAAACAUACCUGUGAUGAGUGCGGGAGGAGCUUUGCCGUCGCAUUCUGGCUGACAAGGCACAAACGAGAACACAUGCCGAAGUCUGCUGAUGGGGAAACCAUCGAAGAGACCCCCGAUCAACCCGUGGGCGUCAAGAAAAAUGGACGGACUGUGUAUAUUUGCUCAGAACCCGACUGCAAUAGGGAGUUCCCUUGGCCGUCGUGGCUAGUGAAGCAUCGACGGAUUCAUCAGCGGAAAAAGGUGGCACAGAUGAAGGCUGAGGCUGAGGUCGAACAAGAGGCCAAGGUAGAAGAGGGCGAGGUCACAGAAGCGCCCGCAGUGACAGCUAUCGAGGAGAAGGAAGAGGUAUCGAAAGAGAAAAAUGUGAUCAUCCAAAGUGAAAUGGACACGGUGACGGACAUGAAGACGGAGCAGUGUUACGAGGUGUUCGGCGAGGUGGGGGUGAAGCAGUACCGGUGUAAGAUCUGCCACAAGACUUCUGCUUGGCACACAGGUAUCGUGUACCACGUGCGCGUGCACCACACUCACGAGCGGCCCUUCCAGUGCCAGAUUUGCCACAAGUCAUUCCACAUGGCGGGCGACCUGACCAAGCAUGCCAAGCGCCAUUCCGGUGAGAAGCCAUUCCCAUGCCAGCACUGCUCUAAGUGCUUUGCCACCGCGCAACAGGCACGCAAGCACGCCAACAGCCACCACACCCCCCUACCCUACCACUGCAUGGGGUGUGGUAAGAGGUUCCGGGACAGGAGCUCCCUAUGGAAGCAUAAGCUCAGUAGUGGUCCUUGUAAUAAGGUAAAGGAUAGACGCAAGGUAGCCCACUCAGCGAAACCUGUACCGGAAAAACCCCAGCCCCCAAUGGCACUAUCGGGACAUGGUUCCACUCAGUGCAACAUCUGCAAGAAAGACUUCGAAGACACGGGCUCCCUGUGGGGCCAUCGCUUGCGAGUACAUCCCGACAUGCUCCUCGGCACGUGUAAGAAAUGCGGUAACCAUAAGGGCGACGGGCACUCGUGUCAGGGCACUGCGACAAGGUCACAGACCAAGGUCAGCGGGGCACCUUCCACCAGGUCACACGCAAAGGCCCUACACCUGACUUGUUUCCGCUGCGGCGAGUCGUUCAGUGAUCGUGACGAGUACCGCAGCCAUCUGACCACACACCGCACGGGCGAGAAGAUCGUAUGCAAGUACUGCGGCAAGAGCUGGCUCCGCAAGGCCGACCUCACCAGGCACUUGCGCGUGCAUACGGGAGAGCGACCCUACCCAUGUCCUGAGUGCGGGCUCGCCUUCAAGGUAUCAGAUGGACUCAAGCGGCACAUGCGCAGUUUGCAUCCGAACUCGACUAAGCCUUGCUUGAGGGUAGAGCCCGACGGUGCUAACAGCAGUGAAGACAACGAGAUACACAUUGGGGAGAAUCAAGACGUUGAAGCUAUGUCAAGCCCUGAUAAAGCGAACGAAGAUGACACCGAAAACAAUGUGUCGGGACAAAAGGCCUUGUCAAGCCCAAGUAAAGCGGACAAAGAUAAGCAUGAAAACAAUGAGUUGGGACAAAAGCCCGUUUCAAGCCCCGCUAAAGCGGAAAAAGAUAACACUGAAUUCAGCGAGUCUGGACCUGAGCCCGUGUCAAGCCCUUUAAAAGCGGACAAAGAUAAGACCGAAAUCGAUGCGUCGUCUGGGCAGAAUUCGGCUGACGACGCAGAUGGCGUCACAGAGAAACCUAGUGAGAAGUCGACCAGUAGAAAGGAAUAUGUUGAGUUAGAGAACAUUGUAGAUUAUACUAGGGAAGACAGCCAGAAACAGACUGAGAAUGGUGCAAUAACGAAGCCUAUGGACGGCACUGAGAAAGCCGCAAGUAACGAUGAAGAGGAUUCGACCAAAACGGAUACGGACACUUCUAGGGAAAUUUCUAAGAAAGACAGUGAAGAGAAUUCGACCAAAACAGAUACGGGUACUUCUACGGACAUUUAUAAGAAAGACAGUGAAGAGAAUUCGACCAAAACAGAUACGGGCAGUUCUAGGAACAUUUCUAAGAAUGGUAGUGACAGUGAACUGGAGAACGACCACGGCGAUGAUGAAAAUAUUCUCAAGCCAAGCAAGAAGCCGGAAGUGUCGUCACUAGGCACAGAGACUGACGUACCAGAAGAAUGUGAUAGGUCUGCGAAUAACACAGAGCCGGUAAGGAAGGAUACAAGCCCUUCUCAGGUGAACGGUACGGCAGAGGAGAUCGGGGAGAAUGUAUCAACUAGCAUUCCUGCUGCCCUUGGUCAGACUGUUGUUGACACUAAUCGCAAGGAUACGCGCCCAGAAGAGGCGACCACGGAUCGUCCUCUUGGUGAUGCUUUAAACGCGUACAGCGAGACGGAUGGGCCCACGAACUCGCUUUCAGAAGAACAAUUCAAUACAGGCUCCGAGCAAGUGUCAGAACCAGAGGAAUCGCGUAGAAUAGACGUAGAACUUGAGGUCUCUGAGACGGGAGCGACGGUUAAUGGCAAAGAAGACAAAAGAUACGACACAGAAUCAGAUACUGCGCUCACUCCUUCCUCAGAACUGGGGCAUGAGAAAGAAAGCCACAUUGAUAUAACUGAAGCGGGCGAAUCGGAUACCUCUUUUCAGGCAAGCAGCAAACGGGGGUUGAAGGCCAAGAAAUCGAAUGCGAAGAAGAAAGUUGCGGAUUCAGUUAAUAACAAUGACGCAGGAGACACGAGUAAAGCGAAGGGGAACGCGGGGCGUAAAUGCCCCUAUUGCUCUAAGUUGUUUUCGUUGCCUGGUAACCUGGCCCGUCAUGUGCGGCUUCACACGGGGGAGAGGCCGUUCUCGUGCAAAACGUGUGGAGAGACGUUCAUGAGGUCAGAUGUCAUGAGCCAGCAUAUCGCGACAUUCCACUGAUCGUCGCGCACGUCCACGCCAUUACACGUGUCUGCAACACGCAUCGGAAAAGGCGAGCGCGGAAAACGACCGAAAUUGUUGCGUUCCAUCAAAUAGCGGCUACACCGUUUCUAUCAAAUAACUGUGUCGUAAAAUGAUAAAAACGGAUGAAAUCUAUUUCUGUUAUUUUGCAAAAAAGGGGCUAUAGAUCAUUCCUAAUAGAAGGGGCUUGCCAAACUACUGUUCUGUUGAAGAGAACUUGAUAUCGAGUCUUUCCUGAUUUAUCCUAGAGCAUUAUUACCUUCUGAUAUAAGGCGCUGAUAUAUGCGUAUUUGAUGGGUUUUAUAGAUAUACUGUGUAUCAUAGUGGGCGUCGGUAUUUAUAAUAUUCGGUUACACGAAAACAUUAAAAUAUUAUUCAGAAUAAA